CGACAUACAUGAUACACUUCUCAACAAAAAAGUACAGAAAGUCUGGAACAAAACCAGAACACAAGAAGAGAGCAGAAACACACAAAUUCAGUCUAAAUGGAAUCUCUGUAAAUCAAAAAUUGGUAAAAAUACAGUGUUACAUACACUGAGUGAGCAUUUCUCGGAAGAUAAUGCAAAGGAAAGUGUUAACGAAGAUAUCAGACCUGACUCUGAGGCUUCUUCAAGAGAGAGUGAUGUGACAUUAUCAAGAUAUGGUGUAAAAUUGAGCCCAGAGAGUCCUUUUGAAAAUGAGCCAAACUAUACCCAUACUGGUGUAGAAAAUAGAUGGAGAUUGCCUCCAGUACAAUCCAUGAAACUGAAGCACACUGUAAAUGCAACAGGGAGUGAUGAUGAGAAAUCACUUGAUAGUCUGAUUUCUCUAAUACAGCCAGAAUAUGAUAACACAGCUAAUGAAAGAUAUAUGGUUGGUACAAAAUACACUGUCAAACCAGUGGAUAGCACAAGAAAAUUACAGACCUACGGGGCAUUCCCUAAAACCAAUAGGGAAUAUGACAGUGUAGAAAUGAAAAACGAAAGCCCUUUAUAUGAUCUUCCACUUAACCACAGAAAUUAUCACAAUUUAGAAACAUAUUCUGGAGCAUAUAAGAUUGAUGACUCGCACCAAUUAACACCAUAUAAAAACAGCUACAGAAAAUGGAUGGAAACAUUGGACCAAAG